UCCCCUCUCCCUCUUCCUCUAUUCGCCGCCCCUCCACCCCCCUCAAUUAAAGAAAAAACCCUAAAACCCUAGCUCCCCUCCCCGCUCGUGUUCCGUUCCCACACCCUCUUCCUCAGCCCGACCAGACCAUCGCAGCGCGCCCGUCGUUUUUGGAUCUUAUCGUCUCAUCUCCUUAAAAGGUUUUUAUGGCUCUAAGACAGAAAUUCCAGCAUUAUCUCAGGGAAGAAGUCAACUGGUCCCUUAUGCAUUUAAGAUAUUAUAGGUCGAACGUUGACUGGAAAAGACUUCGUCCUAUGAUCCUUAAAAGAAUAAAUAAUAGGGUCAAUGACUAUCCGUUGAAGAGCAUGACUCCUGUAGCAAAUGAUGUCCUUGAGUCCCAAAAACUUCUGAUCCAAGGUGUCUCUACUCUUCUCAAAGUAAUCCCAGCGAAAUCUUGCAAGUACUGUCCCGAGGUAUACAUUGGUAGCAGGGGCCACCAAAUCAAAAGCUGCCAUGGCUUCAAGCGUAUCAAGAAGGACCAGGAGCACAGAUGGAUUGACGCCACCGUUAAUGACAUCCUUAGCCCUGUUGAAGCCUUCCACCUCCAAACCAUGUUCCAGCCAAUGAUAAGCCACGACCAGCGUUUUGACUUCGAUCGCAUCCCUGCAGUCCUCGAACUCUGUUUCCAAGCCGGAGCCAAAGUUUCAGAUGGAACCUCUUACAACCUAACACUAGAUGCAAAAGAAUUGUAUCAGAUUGGUCAAGAGACUCUGGAUGCAUGGGAAAAACUUAGGGAUGGAGUCCAGAAGCUCCUGUUUGUGUACCCAGCCAAAGUUUGUGAGCACUGCUCAGAGGUUCACAUUGGGCCCUCUGGCAAUAAAGUUCGCGCUUGUGGGGUUUUUAGGUAUGAGGGGUGGCGUGGGGCCCACCGGUGGAGGAAGGCGGGGGUGGAUGAUUUGGUGCCUCUGAAGCUCGUGUGGCACCAACGGCCGCAUGAUCCUGAGGUGCUUGGGGAUGCUGGACGGGGGUAUUAUGGUCAUUCCCCGGCUGUGGUGGAGCUAUGUAUGCAGGCUGGUGCUAGAGUGCCAAAGAAGUACUUCUGUAUGAUGAAGCUGCUGGGAUUAACCCCUAAUGUUGUUGAAGAAAAAGGUAUGAAGGUUUAGAUGAGGUUUAAAUGAGAAAAUAUUGGGAUUUGUAUGACCUCUUUUAUAAAAAAAUAAUAAAGGGGAAGUAUAUCUACUUCAGCUAUUUCCGUCGUUGAGAGAAUUAAUAUGGCGCUUUGAAAGCAAAAAGAAAAAUGUUUGGAAUGUGCAAAUAUGAUGGAUUAUUGUAAUAUUCAGUUCAAUAACCCUGGGGUUAUGU